AUGGUCAACACGGGCUUCUUAUCACCGUCCAAGCACCAUGCCAAGAGCUCCGAGAAGCGCCGCAACAUGAAGAAGACAGAGCCCUGCUCAUCCAAGUUGCAGCUGACCGCCCUUUUGCUGCAAAGAAGAGCCAACUCAAAAAAGCCUGGCAAGCUUGGCAGGGACCCUCGUUGCCUCCGACAACUUUGA